CUCCCCAAACUCCGCCUGUGAGCUCUCCGGACGAAGCCUGUAGAUUCCACCCACUGGAUUCCUAGAUCCCGUCCUUGUGCUCCAGUCACGGCCCAGUGGAUCUGUAGGCGCCCCACUUGGGAUCCGUGGAUCCCGCCUACUGGAUCUCCCGAUCCCGCCAAUUCGGUCAUAUCGCGGCCGUUAGUUGCUCAGCGGAGAGAUCUAUUUGGGAGAGCCAAAUGGUGUUCCCAGCCAAUAGGAAGCCGGUUUAUUGUGCUGUAGGCUCGGUCCCAUGGUAACGGCGAGGGACAGGGCUGGAUGUUGAGAGCUGGCGGCAUCCCCUGGCCUUAGGCUUCAGUCUUUGGACCGCCGGCCAGCUCUCCGAGAGUGAGUGAAGCCAGGAGCUGUCUGUGGCUCGCGGAGCAGGAUGAUCCGUAUUGCUGCUUUAAACGACACCACUGUAGUCGAAGACUAUGAGGAAUCCUUCAAGAGCCACAAAACUCAAACAAAAGAGGCUCAGGAAGCCGAAGCGUUUUCUUUGUACCACAAAGCUUUAGAUCUGCAAAAACACGAUCGCUAUGAAGAAUCUGCAAAGGCCUAUCAUGAACUCCUGAAUACGCAGCUGCUGAAAGAGGCUGUUCUAUCGGGUGACGAGAAUGAAGGUUUAAAGCACCCUGGAUUGAUGCUGAAGUAUUCCACGUAUAAAAACCUGGCCAGUUUAGCAUCACAGAAAGAUGACCCAAGUACAGCAAUGGAAUUUUACCUCGAGGCUGUAAUGUUGGAUUCUACAGAUGUAAACCUCUGGUAUAAAAUAGGAAGAGUAGCCCUGAGGCUAAUUCGAAUUCCACUAGCGCGUCAUGCUUUUGAAGAAGGACUCAAGUGCAAUGCAGAUCACUGGCCAUGUCUGGAUAAUCUUAUCACUGUGUUGUACACACUUAGUGAUUACACCAAUUGUCUGUAUUAUAUCUGUAAAGCUUUAGAGAAGGACUGUCGGUACAGCAAGGGUUUAGUUUUGAAAGAGAAGAUUUUUGAAGAACAGCCUUGUUUGCGAAAAGAUUCAUUCCGUAUGUUCUUGAAAUGCGACAUGUCCAUUCAUGCAUUGGAUGUGGAUCCAGCAGAGGCUAAAGCUGUUAUUGAAGAAGCUCUGGAGCUCCGAAGGAGAAGACAGGCUUUGGCAAUACCAGAAGACGAACCAGAUCUUCACCUAGCACAACCUAUCUCUCACUUCACGUGGAGGUGCCUGGGUGAGAGUUUACUGGCCACCUACAUGCACUUGACAUCUUCUGAGCUGCCUCACCCCAGCCUUGGCAGAAUGAUAGAUCUUUGCAUGUACAGGGACCCUUCUCAACAUUUGUUGACAUCACCAACUAGCACACCUGUCAGUGUCAUCCAGCCCAAUCCUGCAACAUCCAGUCCUGCACCUGUAGUGACAGCACCAACAAUGCCAGCACCAGCUAUGGUUACACCAGCAGCUCCAACUCCUGUUCCAAGUGUGUCAGAAACUGUAGGAACACAAGCAGAAACAUCCAUUAUUGACAAGGCGAAGAAGGGCUCCAAAAGGAAGCGGAUAGCUGAUGAGGCAGGUGAGCCAGCGAAGAGGCGCUCUGCUCGAGUGCGAAACACCAAGUGUAAGAAGGAAGAGAAGAUUGAUUUUCAGGAACUACUGAUCAAAUUUCUGCCCUCGAGGCUGAAAAAGGUAGAUCUAGAGGAUGAAGAUGAUGCGUUUGGCACCUUUGAAGUUCAGACUGAGUUGAAAAAGGAAAGUCAGCAACUAAUGGGCCCUUAUCGAAUGCAGUUUGAUCCCUCAUCCUUUAUGGAACUGGAAAGACAAGAUGUUCACACGUUUUUGCUGAACAAUCAAAAGAACGGUGGGAUACUAGAUUUGAUGUUGAAAUAUUUAAAAGCACUUGGUCAGAAAUUCUUGGCAAAAUGGCCACCUGGAUUGGCAGAGGUAGUACUCUCAAUCUACAACAGCUGGAGAAAACACUGCAGUGGCCUACCUAAUCCAAUCCUCAGAGAGUGCAGCAACCAGCACAUCAAGGACAUGAUGGUGAUGUGCUUAGUGUGUAUGGAACUACAGCUUGAUCAGUGGCUUCUGACAAAGUCCAAAAGUACUACAGUUUCCCCUCGAAAAUGUUCUUCCAGCAACACGGCGGCACAGUUAGGACCUGACUUUCCAGGCAGCCAUUAUUUAGGAGACCUGAUUCAAUUGGCCUUCACUUCCUCACAGAAGGACCUCUUUGAGAAUGACUGGCUGGUUUUUGUGGUUCAAGUUUACUGGUUGAAAGCCAGAUUUAUGGCAUUGCAGGGUGAUAUGGAGCAAGCUCUGGAGAGCUAUGAUAUCUGCACUAGUUUGUUUUGCAGUUCAUUAGGAAUUAAAGUGGGCAGCAGGAAUAGUGAUGGUUUUACUAUCAGACUACCAAAUCUACACGUGGAUUCUGCCAUAUCAUUGGAGGAGAUUGAUAAGAAACUCAAAUCACUAGAGAGGUGCCAGUCUCUUGAGGAGGUUCAGCGCCUGUAUGAAAUGGGUGAAUAUGACCAAGUUGUGAAGCUGCUGCGACCCACAUUAUCCCUUGGUACGAUUGGCAGAACAAAGCCCCUGGAGUUUGUUGCAUCCAUCCCUGAACGGCCUGCUCAGCUUCUCCUGUUGCAGGACUCCCUGCUCAAGCUAAAAGAUUACAGGCAGUGUUUGGAGUGUUCUGAAGUUGCGCUAAAUGAAGCCAUUCAACAAAUGAAUAAUGUGUCAUCCACAUCCUCUAAGGAAGAAUGGGUUUCAACAGUGACUCAGCUGUUGACUGGAAUUGAUUAUUCCUUAUCUGGCGAUAACAGUAUCCUGGAAGAGCAGUGUGUGAAUCCUUGUUUUGUCAGAUUUGCCAACAAUCUCAUCCAGAUCAUUGACUGUAGCAUGGGGGUGUCUGAAGAUUCCAAAGAGCCGACUGUGUCAUCCGUGCUGCCUUGGAUCACCUUGUACAGGAUUAUAAAGCAUGAGGAGGAGGAGUUUGAUACUCUUCGCCGCCAGCAUUGUAAAAGUGAAGACUCUGAUUCUGAAACUCCAAUGCUGCCUUCCUCUCUGAUGUUGCUUAACACAGCGCAUGAGUAUCUGGGACGAAGAUCCUGGUGCUGUAAUUCUGAUGGAGCGUUACUUAAGUUCUAUGUUCGAGUGCUUCAGAAGGAACUGUCUGCAUCAAGACCUGAAGAUGCUCACCCCUUUAAAGAAGAGCUGGAGACUGCCCUUGAGCAGUGCUUUUACUGUUUAUAUGCCUAUCCUAGCAAGAAGAGUAAGGCCAGGUAUCUGGAAGAGCACUCUGCUCAGCAGGUGGAGCUUGGUUGGAGUGAUGCAGAAUUUAUGUUUGACUAUUUCAAGCCCAAGAAUUACCCAGAAUUUGACAGCUACAAGACCAGCACUGUGUCUGCAGAUCUGGCAAACCUUUUGAAGAAGAUUGCUGCGAUAGAUCGAGAUGAGGAUAACCUGCCUCUCUCAAUAGAGAGCAUAACAGCCUAUAUUGAAGGAUCUGUUGACACGGUGCCUGCCCUCCCUGAUGGAGCAGAUUCUGAACUUCCUCUUGUUAAUGAGUUGUAUUAUCUUCUGGCUGAUUAUCAUUUCAAGAACAAAGAGCAGGCUAAAGCUAUAAAAUUCUAUAUGCAUGACAUCUGUGUCUGCCCAGCAAGGUUUGACUCGUGGGCAGGUAUGGCUCUGGCUCGAGCUAGUCGUAUCCAGGACAAACUGAAUUCAAAUGAAUUGAAGAGCGAUGGGCCUAUCUGGAAGCACUCUGUCGCUGUUCUGAACUGUUUUAAACGAGCAUUGGAGAUAGACAGUUCCAAUCUCUCGCUGUGGAUUGAAUAUGGCUCCAUGUCCUAUGCACUGCACUCAUUUGCCUCCCGUCAGUUGAAACAGUGGAAAAUGGAGUUGCCAUCGGAAGUUGUCCAGCAGAUGGAAGAGCGAAGGGACAGUAUGCUUGAGACAGCUAAACAGUGUUUUCUGUCAGCAACACACUGUGAAGGAGAUGGUGAUGAAGAGGAGUGGCUCAUUCACUACAUGUUGGGCAAGAUAGCAGAAAAGCAGAAACAGCCCCCAAGGGAUUACCUGGAACAUUACAAGCAGGCGGCGCACAACCUACAUGAGGAUGCAGCACAUUACCCACGGAAGAUCCAUUACCAUAAUCCACCAGAUCUGGCUAUGGAAGCUCUUGAGGUCUACUUCAGGCUUCAUGCCUCGAUUCUCAAACUGUUGGAGAAGGAUGAAGAGACUGCAGACUGUGAGAUGCUCUUCAGCUACAUUAAAGAAGCAGCUCAAGGGCCUUUUGCCAGCGGUGAAGAGAAGAGUACCUUUAAGGUCGCUGAAAAGGAGAAGUCCUGUACGAAUGAUGACGAUUCUCAUUCUUCUCUUGGAACCAUGCAAGGUCAAGGAAACCUUCCCUCGGGUCCAGGUCUGACAUCCCCACCUUACACAGCCACUCCGAUUGACCACGAUUACGUCAAACGUAAAAUCCCCCGUCAGCAGGCUUCAAUUGAUGAGAGAAGUCAAGACAGCGUGAUUUUGGUACUCUCUGAUUCUAACUCGACCCAGGAUGUCUUCACUGAUGCAGCCAGUUCACAGGACAGCAGCAGGAAGAUUCAGUCUGGGAAAGGAAGCCCCUCAUCGUCUUCAACUGUGGAAGCUACUGUGUUGUCCAUGGAGAGCCAUGGAAAACCAGAGGAAGAGGAUUUAGUAGCUCGAGCUUCAUCUGAGAGUUGUAAAGGAGGCAGUGUAGAGAUCACAGAAGCCAUAGAUGCUUUGGCUUUGAGAUUGGCAGAGCGCACAGCUCACAGAGUGCCCACAGAAGCAGCUACGCUGUCCAGGGAGAACUAUCGGAAGUUGGAGGAAGAGGACUCAGUGGGGCGCAUCUGUUCUGAACUUUGCAGAGGAGGCAAUGUGGAGAUCACUGAAGGGAUAGAUGCUUUGGCCCUGAGAUUGGCAGAACAAGCAGGAGCAAAAUUGCACACAGAGUCGCAGUGUCAAACUGCCACCAUUAGCACUACUAAUGUCACUCCCACCAGGGCCACCACCUUGUCUCUGUGUGACUCAAAAAAGAAAACAGCUGAUCCUUCAGGAGAGAUGAAAGACACCUACAGAUUAGAAGAUCUCCCUCAGAGCUUGCCAGGAGAUGAGAGGGAGCAGCGGCGAGUGCUGACUGAGCAAUGUAUUAGAGCAUUGCAUCUGUGCCUCAGUCGAUUUCCUCAGCACUACAAAAGUCUGUAUAGACUGGCAUAUCUGUACACAUACAGUAAAACACACAAGAACCUGAACUGGGCACGGGAUGUGUUGCUAGGUGUCAAUAUUCCAUGGCAACAGUUGAAGCAUAUGCCAGCUCAAGGUCUCUUCUACGAAAGGAACAAAACAAAUUUUUUUAAUGGAAUCUGGCGUAUUCCUGUGGAUGAAAUUGACCGUCCUGGCAGCUUUGCCUCACAUAUGAACCGUUCAAUUGUUAUCUUACUUGAUGUUCUGUCACAGCUGAAGGACCAUAAUACACUGCUGAGAGUAUCUUCCAUGCUUCAAAGGACACCUGAUCAGGGAAAGAAGUAUUUGCGUGAUGUGGAUCGUCAAGUGCUCGCCAAGAGGGCAUUAAUUUUCACAGUAAAGGUGCUUGAGGACAACUUGAAGGAACUAUCUGGGAUUCCUGAAGACCAGCCUCCAAGAUCUUCAGGCUCCCCAAUGGGGGAGAUGACAACAGAUGUUUCAAACAAGCCCACUGCUGAGGAGCACAAGGGCGUUGUGACCAAGAAACUCACCAACUCUGAUGGGCCUUUAAGAAAUACAGAGAAUGGGGUAAAGGAUAUUCCAAGAGGCCAGUCGCCCCAGGUUGUGAACAUGGAACAAGGGGAUAAAAAUGAUCCGGUAUUGGGUGACAUUAGCAAAACAUGCAUCGGCACAGAGGAGCCAAUGGAGCUGGAUGGCUCUGUUGAACAGGGGAAAUUGGAUUUUUCAUUCAAACCUCCCAGUGGUUUGGAUACAGAACACAGCAAAACUGUUGGGGUUACUGAGGGAAAGAGUGCUGAAUGUAAACCUUCUGAACUGUCUUUGGAAGAGUUGAGCAUCAGCUCAAAGCAGCAAGUCUCAACAGCAGUGCCCCAUGUUGUGGCCAGUCAGGUGGUCAGGAAAACAAGCAGGAAGAGAAAACUGAUAGAUGACACAGAAUCUGGGAAGACGUUGCUGUUAGAUGCAUACAGGGUCUGGCAGCAAGGUCAGAAAGUUAUGACUGUUGAUCUGGGAAAGAUUGAAAAGAUCAUGUCGGAGACCUACAUGCUGAUUAAGCAGGUUGAUGAGGACGUAGCUUUGGAGCAAGCCAUGAAAUUCUGCCAGCUGCAAAUGGCCACAUCAGCGCAGAAACAGUCAGGAGAGACUCCAACCACGCCGAAAUACUCCAAGGACUGUAAGGAAAGCUUCUUCCCGUCUGCACCCAGCGCUGUCAAUACACUGGCUCCGAUUUCGACCACGUCCAGUACGGUGGUGCCCGAGACCUCCAGGCCAAGUGACUCUCAGCCUAAAACCAGGCUCAGCAGCACUGCCCAGGAGGACCAGCGAGGUGCUGACGUCACACCAAUGUUGACACCGAGAGAUAUUGAGACCCAGAUUGCUGGUCCAACGGAUACUCUGUCAUAUCUUGCUCAAGAUGACGAUUCUGAGGAGCCUCUCGAAGGGCUGAGUUAUCGGCAUCAGGAGACCCGUCUCUGCCAGCAGAUGAAAAUGGCGACUGUCGCUUCAUCCCAUGAUUCCAUCAACUGGCAAGAAGAGGGCACGUACGGUCAGCAAGACGACGGCUCGCAUCCUGCGCACUGCUCCACCCAGGCUUCCAGUUCCGUUAGUGAACUGUCUACCACCUCAAUGGCCCAGACUUGCAAAGCUGACAGCAGUCGAAUCAAAUCACGAGUCCCUCCAAACAUGCCAAAGCUUUUUAUCCCAUCAUCUAUGGCAAAGUUUCCACCAGAGAUAACCGUCACCCCGCCAACCCCAACCCUCCUGUCGCCAAAAGGUAGUGUGUCUGAGGAAACCAAGCAAAAACUAAAGACUGCCAUCCUAUCGGCACAGUCAGCUGCCAACGUGAAGAAAGAGACUCUGUGCCAGCCAGCCUUGGAAAUCCUGGAGACGUCGAGCCAGGAGUCGUCACUGGAGAGUGACACCGACGACGAGGAAGACGAUUACAUGGACAUCUGACACAGUGUGAAUUCCCCCAAGUUACAGCAGUAGGCAGCCAACCACUGCUCUCCUGCAGAAACGCCUUGGGAAUAUUGUUUUCUCUGAGACCAUGGAAGUGCACAGUACUUUAUAUGGAUCAGGCCGGAACAAGGUGCAACGAUCUCUUACCAGCAUUGGCCUUUGUAAAUAUUAGACACAUCUCAGCAGUGAAGGCAGACAAGCUAAGCUGUGUCACCGGCCUUGUUGCUUUGUGCUGACCUGGAGAGAUGACUGACUUUGCUCAAACACAAGCUGGUGAUUCAUUGUAUAGGGACAGAUUUCGUUAAGAACAUACCUCUCACAGAGUGGUCACCAGCUCUCUCGUAGCUUAGUUUUUGGGUAGGAGAGCUGGGUCAGUGAAGGCCCAUUUCACUCGCUGUGGAAAUACCAGGCAAAAGCAAUGUUUUAGUGGAAGGCGUAAUGCUGGAAAUAUGAACUCAAAGCAGCAAGUGCUGGGAAUUGGCAGCAGACUGGUUUACUUCUGAGAUGAGAGUUUGUGAGCCGGUGGGGGGCGCUGCAGGGUGAAGCAAGAGAGAGAGAGAGUGUCUUUGAACACCAGGAAGACUCAGAGACCCGCUGGCUAUUUCCAGCAUUUUCCUGGUGCCUCAUUGUGUCUAUAUUUUUCUUAACUUUUGUUGAGCCCUCCUCAGAUAGAACUCUGGGUUGUUUAUAGUGUGGGCAGCACAGAAAGGAUUGGAACUUGCUUACCUUUACUGCUAGCUUUCAGCCUCUGUGCAGUCGGGUUGGAUUGCUUUAAGAAAAAGCUUAUUUAGCCUGCGGUCCUGCAGAGUGACUGAGGUCAGGCAUUGUGUCAGUCUGAAUUGGUUUGUAACAGAUCGCACCCUUUCAUACUGAAUGUCCACAUUUUAUUUCCCAGUCAUUCAUUUCAAUGACAAAUGUUGGUUUCUGUUGUUGGAGAUUAGUUGCAAAUAUAGAGAGGGGCACACUGUAGAGCCUAUUAGCCAAUUCUGCUGUCAAUUUCUGAUUUCACUGUCAAAGCAAAUCACAUACCAGAACGCACAGCGGGAUGUUGGAACAUGCUCCAAAAUGAGAAGGUUGUGAUUUUUGAGGUAAUUGUAAGACUGCAUAGGAGAUGUAGAAACUUCCUCUGGUUUAAAAACCUCUCACCAGUGGUCCGUUCUGGGAUGUUGAUCAGGAAGCUGCUUAGCUGAAGAGCAAAGUUCAUCCGUUAACCCUGUGACCUGGUGACUCUCUGCAACAAGCAUUGAGAGCUCUGCUUCAGAGGGCUCUCCAGAUCGAUAGGCUCAUAAUGACGCCUGUAUGUUAUCAAUCACAGGCUUUGUACCAUAAUAGUGCCCAGGUGUUAUCAAGAUUGAUACGUAACUUUGGUAUGCAGGACUGGUGGUAUUCCCACUUGUGUGUCAAACAGGAAAGUAUUACCCACAAAUGGUUAAUGCCUUUGACAGUGAUAAUGGCCAUUAACAGGGAACAGCCCCACCUUCAUCCCAGUCUAACUGUCACUCAGAGCCAACUGUCGUGUCAGUUUGACUUCAUCCUGUACCCCUUAGCAGGUUGAUACUUUGUGGAUUAAUGACCGGGGUGUGUGAGAUGGUGUGAGAGAGCAUCAUUCUACCUGGGACCUUGGAGAAACAGUAGGGCUGAUGGCUUAUCUGUUCAACCAUGUGCAAUUUGAGGUUUGAAGGACAAGUGGGAAUGAUUGUGAAAGGGGACAAGAUAAAAUUCAAAUCAUGCAUGAAUAAUGAAAUGGGUUGGAUUAGUGAGUGGAAAGGAAAAUUCAGGAAAUGACUCGUGUAGAAUUUGAAUCUUUUUAAAGCUUUUUAGAACUUACUAUGCACAGAGUUGAGACUCUGUCAGUGUCCCCUUUCUGGACCACAGAACUGAAUUAGCACGAUCACCUUCUCAAAAACAUACUUACAUUGUUAAUGAUGAGCCUAAUUUUUUUAUUUGUACGUUAACCUAACUGUAAUUGGCAUUUCUAGCAAGUUCUUAAAAAUAACGUGUGACUUAAUGGCAAGAUCUAGUUAGCAUGAAGCUAAACUACUGAAUGACGUUAAAUCAACAACACAUUCCGGAGAUUCGCAACUGGCAUCAUAUUUCUUGAGCCCCUCAAUAAAGUGGCCAAUGUCAUAAAAAUGUACGUGUUAACACAGUUGCCUUUCCUGAAAAGUCAUGCCCCACAGUCUAAAUCUACGUUUGUAUUUCCAAAGGGAGCUGGAGCUGGGUUGUGUCUAGUGAGUAAAGUCACUUUUAAUAUACCCCUGUGAAUGAUGAGGUUAUAGUAUGGGUUUUCAGAGCACAGUGCUGAAUAUAUUUUCCCUGAAGUCCUGAACGAGCUCUGUGACAGUGUAUGACCCCACAGAUUUAUAAUCUCUCACAUUGAGCAGCAGAUCGUUAAUUAUCAAGCAAUGAAAAAUUGAACCAAAGUUGUUCAUUAUUUAUUGUGCACCACAAUCUGAGAUUCCUGUAAAGAGUUGAAGGAAUUCUGCCAAAUGUGCCAUCCCAGAAUCAAUUGUCUCGCCCAUUUAUUAUAAUAAACUGAUUUUGAGAUCAAAACCAUUUCGUUUUCACAUCCUUUAUAUUGUGAAGCACCUACAGCACUUGUGGCACUAAUAUCUUCCUAAAGUUCAGCUCAGUGCUCCUGGACACCAUCCUGUUUCCACCCAGAACCCUCUGAUUAUAUGCAGGGUGGAUUGGCAGCUCCAAUAAUCGGAAUCCAGGCACCCUAUUGGUGCACUGAGACAGUCACACUCUGUCUCUGUCUGGGAGUUUUCACGCAGCUACAGAGCAUCUCUGGUUGGGAGACCGGAGACCAUGUUUGUCUAUAGCACAAGAGCCUGCAUAUGUAUAGCACCUUGCAAUCUAAUAGAGAGGCUACACAUAGAGCCGUUAUUAAACAAGGUUUAACACUGAAGCACACAGGACCUGUUACCAAAGAGGAAGAUUUUAGGAUCAUAUUAAAGAAGACAGAGAGAGGUUUUAAGAGGAAUCUCCCAAACUUAAGAUUUAUGUAGCUGAAUGCACAGGUGCCAGUGCUACAGUGAUAAAAAUCCGGAUUACUCAAAGGCUAAACUUGAAGCACUACAGAGAUCUCAGCAGUGAUAGAAUGGCAAAUAAAACACAGAAAUAAUUGGUGCUUGAGACUACCAGGAUUAACAGCACAAUAGGGUGCUGCUUAGGAAGACCUAUGUUUGAGUCAAAGUCUCCUUGUGACCAGCAAUCCUGGUGGCAAAUGCUCCACUUAGUCCAAAAACAAACUGACAGAAUCAGCUUUCUGUAAAGUGCUGUUGAAAUGUCAUUGACUUCAGUAACAUCAAAGCCUAGACGUACACGUUUCCCCAUUUCAGUUACUCAGGAACCUGUGCAUGCACACACACUGAGGAAUUGCUUAUUGCUGCACCCGUUAUUCAAUCCACAAACUCAGCAGGACCCCCUUCUCCCAUGUGGAUAGAAUCAUGUGGCAGCAGGUUCAGACAGCUCUGGAUUUGUGUCAAGCUGGAUCUCAGGCUGUGGGAGCAACUUGUUGCAACAGGCUGGAAGGGCUGAAUGGCCCCUAACUCUGUCUCCCCAUUUUUCUAUGAUUCUAGUUAUGCCCAGCUUCUCUUAUUGCUUCGCCUCAGAAUAUGAGGUGAUUUUAGGAAGAGAGGUGUGAAAAUGUACAGUUCAGCAUCUAAGCAUCGCUUUGUGGUCAAUGGGAUCUGAUCUGCAUUUUAUCUGUGGUGCAGAUUACACAGGGCCAGAGGCUUUAUCCUCACUUCUCUAAAUGAUGCUAGUGCUGCUCGCAAACUCCGAGUUGCUGCUCAUUCCAGACAUGUUGAAUACUUCACUGGUUCAAUAGUUAUCAAUAGCUAUUGAUUUAUUGGGUGAUGGGGCUUGUCCUGAGGAGAGGCUGAACCCACAGUCUCAAUAAGUUGAAAUGUUUGAACAUCUUAGAGGGCUCGACAGGGUAGAUACUGGGAAUCAGGGGUUAAUGAGAAAUUAGCGGAAAAGCACAUUUUUGAACAUACACAUUGUUCAACCUUUUGAGCCUACUCUGCUAUUCACUAAGAUCAUGUGUAAUCUGAUUAUAACUACAACUCCACAUGCUGACCUAUUUCAUUUUCAGUCCCUUGUUAGUCAUGAAUCUGACUAUCUCUGGCUUAAAAAAUAUAUAAUGAUCCUGCCUCUAAAAUUUUGAGGAAGAGAGGUCAGAAAAAAAGUCUCUCGUUGUCCCCAUCUUAAAUUGACAAUCUCUUUAUUUUUGAAACUGUGCCCUGUGGGUCUAGGCUUUCCAACAAAGGGAAGCAUCAUUUCUAUUAUCUACCUGUCAAGUGCCUCAGGACCUUCUAUGUUUCGAUAAGAUCACCUCUCAUUCUUCUAAACUGCAAUAGAUACAGGCUUAACCUUCCCUCGCAGGUUGAUAACCCCCUUUUACUGUGAAUAUAUCUUGUUUAAACACAAUCCUGUACAACUGUGGCACAACAUUCCUGCUUAUAGAGGAGCAAUUUACUGCUGAUGCUGGAAUUUGUACCGAAAGCAGAAAAUACUGGCAGUCACAGUGGGCCAGGCAGCUUCCAUAGAGAGGGAGCAAGCUAAUGGUUCAAGUCUAGAUGACUCCUGCUUAUAUAUUCCUCACCCACUUUGCAACAAACAGGGACAUUCCACUUGCCUUGACAGUCACCUGUUAUACCUGCCUUGUAACUGUUUGUGAUCGGUGGACCAGAACACCCAGAUUCCUUUGUACCUCCGAGUCCUGCAAUCACCCCCUGCUUCACUAAUAUACUGCUUUUCUCUUCCUCCUGAAAUGGAUGAGCGUUUUGACUUGUUUGUGGAAGGUCAGCCGUGGUCUUUCUUGAGUUCCAGAGUGUCGGAGGGACAGUAUGUCCUACUUUGUUCCUAUUUCUGUUUGUAUUACCAUGAAGCAGCAUCUGAUUUAGCUGCUGCAAACCCUCCUCCUCUGCCUGAUCAUCACCACAUACCCUUCUUUUAAAAGCCUCCUGUUCUGAUUGAUCCCAUUCCUGUUUAGCUGCUUUUGUAACCGGCACAGUCUCAGCUCUCCCCUGGGGACUGUUGCUCUGCCCUGAAGAUGGGGACAAAUGGAGGUCUAGUUUCUUGAACAGCAGAUUGUAAUUACAAGCAGCGGGGUUCCCCAGCCCUCAACUUUAUCAUAACUUUCCCCACUUUCUCACCAAUGGGGUGACACAGUGGUUAGCACCGCUGCCUCACAGCACCAGGGACCCGGGUUCAAUUCCACCCUCAGGCGAUUGUCUCUGUGGAGUUUGUUCCUUCUCCCUGUGUCUGUGUGUGGGUUUCCUCUGGGUGCUCCGGUUUCCUCCCACUGUCCAAAGAUGUACAGGCUAGGUGGACUGGCCAUGUUAAAUUGCCCGUAGUGUUCAGGGAUGUGUAGGCUAUGUGGAUUAGCUGUGGGAAAUGUGGGUUACAGAGGUGGAGUAGGGAGGUGUGGGUCUGAGUGGGAAGCUAUUUGGAGGAUUGGCGUGGACUCAAUGGGCCGAAUGGUCUGCUUCCACACUGUAGGGAUUGUAUAAUAACCAGUAAGAACAGAACAGAUCAGAAUUUCAUUCAGGAGCAAAGAGCAAACUGUUAGCCUCUUGAGAGAUUCGAGAUCAUUACUCAAGAAAGUGGGGCAGUUUAAAUUCUUUCCUAAGAUAUAAAUAUCACCAGCAAGAGCAAAAUUUGUUGCCCAUCCCUAAUGGCUCUCGAGCUGAGUGUCCUGCUUUGUCUGUGCAGAGAGAAAUGCAAGUUAACAGUGUUGCCGUGGGUCCAGAGUCGCACGUAGGCCAGAUUUUCUUCCUUAAAGGAUACGGUGAACCAGAUGAGUUUUUUGAUGCCAGCAUUAGUUGCAGAAUUAAAUUGCAAUUGCACCAGCUUGUUGCUGUAGGGUCUGAACCUGCCACCAGGGCUUUAGCCUGAGCUUUUAGAUCACUCGUCUAAGUGUAAUUACCACCACAUCAUCACCAACUCUUCCAAUGUUCCGAUUGAACCAACCAGUUAUCUGUUCACGUUCUCAUUGCUGUUUAUAGCUUGCUGCGUACAAAUCGGCUGCUGCAUUUCCUCACACUUCACAAAAGUUUAACUGAUUCAAGUACUUUGAGCUGCCCUGAACUCCUGAAAGGUGCUAUGUAAAUGCAAGUUUGUUUCUUUCCUCUGUUGGAACAAAUACGGCGUAGGAAAGGAGGGGUUAGCUUUUGGAUAGCUUGCACAAUAAUCUGAAUUUUUGGAGAUGUUUGCUACAAGGUCUGAAGGGAAGUGUUGUACUUGAGUAUCUUGGAGAAAUGUAAGAUAUAUGCUCGUGAUUCCGAGCUGCUGAAUCCACUUAGUACGGAAUGUCUUUUUAUAUUGUAUUUUUUUUAAGGGCUUCUGCAUAUUGAGUGUUCACUUGUACAUUUUUACAAGAAGUGUUCUUAAAACCAUGUUAUCGCUUAGCUGCAAAAAAAACCAAUUGAAGUGUUGGGGCUUUACUAUUGAAUGUUCUGUCACAGGAAUGAUCUCUGCUUUUCUUUUAUAUGCAAUGUUUUAACCGUAAAGCUAAUCCGAUUUAAACCCUUGUACAUAAAAAGAACAUUUUUGUUUUGGAAAAGCAGGAAAUCUGUUACAGUAUUCGCAUGUGAAAUGAUACCAGCUGAAGGCAGCUAGUAAUAAAACCAAAUGUUGCUACCCCUGCAGUCAGCCUGGCUGUUGGAAGGGGCAAGCCUGA